AUGGAACGAGGUGUCGACGGAUUCCUAGGUUUCCCCUGCAGCGUGAAUGCCUCGGCUGCCCUAGAAAACGCCAGUGAGGUGAGCGGUAGCUGGGAGGGCUGGCAGCCCGAGGCAAUCAUCGUACCAGUGCUCUUCGCUCUCAUCUUCCUCGUGGGCACGGUGGGUAAUUCAUUGGUCCUAGCGGUGCUGCUGCGCAGCGGCCAAAUGAGCAGCACCACCAACCUGUUCAUUCUCAACCUGGGUGUGGCAGAUCUCUGUUUCAUAGUUUGCUGCGUGCCCUUCCAGGCGACCAUCUACACCCUGGACGGGUGGGCGUUUGGUGCGCUUCUUUGCAAGGCAGUACACUUUCUCAUCUUCCUCACUAUGUACGCCAGCAGUUUCACGUUGGCUACCGUCUCUCUAGAUAGGUAUCUGGCUAUCCGCUACCCAUUGCACUCCCGAGAAUUGCGGACUCCUCGGAAUGGGCUGGCGGCCAUAGGCCUCAUCUGGACACUGGCGCUAAUAUUCUCGGGGCCCUACCUCAGCUACUAUAGUCAGUCGGAAUUGGCUAACCUGACCGUGUGUCAUCCCGCCUGGAGUGCACAGCGACGUCGAGCCAUGGAUCUCUGCACCUUUGUCUUCAGCUACCUGCUGCCCGUUCUCGUGCUUGGCCUGACCUAUGCUCGAACCCUGCACUAUCUCUGGAGGGCUGUUGAUCCAGUGGCCGCUCUUUCCGUAUCCAAGCGCUCCAAGCGCAAAGUGACGCGCAUGAUAGUCAUCGUAGCCACGCUCUUCUGCCUAUGUUGGAUGCCCCAUCACGCUCUCAUCCUCUCCGUCUGGUUUGGCCACUUCCCUCUCACUCGAGCCAAUUAUGUGCUGCGCAUUCUCUCCCAUCUAGUCUCCUAUGCUAACUCCUGCGUCAACCCCAUUGUCUAUGCACUCGUCUCCAAACACUUCCGCAAGGGCUUCCGCAAGAUCUGCGAGGGGCUGCUGUGCCGAGCUCCUCAGCUCGUUUCCCGUCGCGUGCGAGUCGCCCCAACAAGCGCUCGCCGGGGCAGCCUGCUGGUUCACGAUUCCGUAGCUAUGAUCCCCGUUUGCAAAGCAGCGGAUCCCACUCUUCUGGCUCCUGAACAUGCUCCUCCGAGAGACUCCGUUCUGAGCCCCUUACCGGGUCCAUCCUGGAGAGUAGAGACCCCUGUACCUACCUCCCCUUCAAUGAGAAGAGAGCUGAACCUGUAG